AUGCCUGGUGUUCCCCCCGAUGCGCUUGAGCAGCUGAAGAAAGGCUUCAAAGCUAUUUUUCGGCGGAAGAAGAAGGCUCAGGCGGACCCCGCAACAGGCGAGCCGGCGGACAAACCCGUAGAGGCACCGGCCGCGGCUCCUGCUGCUGCUGCUCCUGCUGCUGCUCCCGCAACUGAAGCCAAGCCUGCAGAGCCAGCUGCCACGGAGCCAGCUCCCGCUGCAGAGCCCAAGACUGCCGAGACCCCUGCUACAGACAAGCCCGCUGAGACUCCUGCACAAACCGAGACUUCAGCACCGGCCCCUGCUCCAGCUGAAGCCUCGACGGCCGCCCCGGAAAAGAAGCCUGAGGAGACCGCUACCGAGUCCAAGACUGAAACUCCUGCUGCAACUGCUGCUGCCGCAGGUGCUCCUGCCCCCACCGCUCCUGUCGAGAACUCCGAGUCUGAGCCCUCAGUACCUCCUGAUUCUACAGUUCCCCAGACACCAUUUGAAACAUCAGCUGAGAAGCCCGCUGAGUCCGCUGAGCUGGCGAAGCCUGCGGAGGAGAAGGCUGCUGAGCCCGCAAAACCCGCCGACGAAGCUGCCCCUACGGCGCCUGCUGCUGAGCCGGCGAAAAGUGAGUCGCUUACUCCAACUGGCCCAUAUUCAUGCAGUCGCUAA